UUAGGUAGGGGGUUUUGGGAAAAGCCAGAGUUUCAACAGUUCUUGCUUAGGGGUGGAAUCUUCUGGGACAUCCUGCUGCUUUUUGGGGGAAUAUGUGAGGUGGAGUGGAGGGGGUGACAGAGAGAGGCCUAGAUGGCAGAGGGGAAACUCAGCUCCAGAGUGCCAGUGCAGACUCUCAGUGCUGAACUGCCUGCUGGAGCUGACAAAGAAGGAAAAUGCCCCAAAAACAACCAGGUGGGACUGUGUCUCAGGGACAGGCACAGGGAGGUGAUGAGCAACAGCAGCUUGGUCUGGUCUACAGCUUCUAGGAAGCAGUGCCAGGGGGGCAUCAUGUGCCAGAGAUUUCAGAAAGGCUGUCUGCUUAAAUGGCCACUCUGAAACCCCUCUAUUCACCUCUUGGAUUUGUGUAGGCUUUUGACAGCCACAUCAUCCUGUGGCAACCUUUUCCAUAACUAAAUUAAGUACUCCUUGAAAAGCACCUCCCAUUAUUUGACUGAGCUGCCAGCCUGAUAAUCUCAGCAGGUGCUGCCUUGGUGGAGAGAAAAAUCAAUCUUCUGCCUUUCAGGGAGCUGAAGGAGAAGGGACUCUACAACAUCAAACACCUGGCUGGGUCCCAUUCAGAGGUCCUGCUGUGUAGACUUCAUGACGUUUGCUUGGCAGUUACCAGCGAGGUGACCAACCUCCGUUCCAAGGUGUCCUACUCUGCAAUUGUCACUCUGGGAGAGCUCUUUGUGACCUUGAAGAAGAACAUGGACUCUGAGGUGGAUGAGGUUGCUCGGGUCCUUCUGCAGAUGGUGUCCAACUCCCCAGAAUUUGUUCAGAAAGCAGCCAGUCAGACCCUGGGGAUCAUGGUGGAGAAUGUGACUCCUGCACGAGCAAUGACUGCUCUCAUGGACAUGGGAGUCAAGAGCUGCCACGCCCAGGUGCGGAAGUGUGGGGCCGAGCUCCUCCUGUCCCUGAUGGAGAGAAUUGGAGUCACAAAGCUGGCAGGCACAGCCAGGGCUGAGAGGCUGGCACACGUGGCAGGGAAGCUUGCUCAGGACUGUCACAAGGACACAAGGUAAUGAUCUUCAUUUCACCUCCUAAAACAGGAAAAGCCUUUUGUGCCUGGCUAUAAAGGUAAAACCCCAUAAGAGUGGAAACUAAGGGAAAUAUGAAGUUCCCUCACUGUGUGAAUAAGGGUCAUAGAAGCAUGGAAUAUGCUGAGUUGGAAGGGACCCAUCAGGGUCAACCAGUCACACUCCUGGCCAUAUGCAGUAACCCCAAGAGUCACUGCAUGUGCUUGAGAGCAUUGUCCAAAGGCUUCUGGAGCUCUGUCAGCCUUGGUGCUGUGACCACUGCUCUGGCUUGCCUGGGCAAAUGGCUGUACUGGGUAACCUGAGGUUGGCCAGCAGAAAUGAGCAUUGCCAACUUCCUAUGGCUUGAAGGAUUCUUUACUGAGAUCAAAAGAGCUCAGAUGAGCCAGUCCAACAGUUUUGAUUGUCUUUAGGUGCACAACACAAAGCCAAAGUGUUGGCUAAUAUUUAUCACUGAAGGAUCCCAAACAUCCAUUUCUACUUAACUUCAGACUUUCUUAGAAAUAUUUCAGGGGUCUUUAGCCAACAUAUUCAGUCUUUCUGAACUUGGUCUGCAGAUUUCUAGAAUGCUGUUUUCUGUGGCUCAGUGACCUCCAAAUUUCUUCUUGAAGAAAACUGUGGCUUCCUAGUGGCAAAAUCAACCCAAACCACCAAAGUCCCCUUACUCUGAUGAUGAAAUUCCCAUUAAUAGCUGCCAAGAACACCAGAGCAACUAGCUGCCCCUGUGCAUGCAUAUAGUAUAGAAUAAUCAAUAGGAUGCAGGAGAUGUUUUGUCCUGGCUUCCCUGCCAGUUAAAGAAAGGCAAAUUAUUGUGCAAUGGCAGCAAGACACUGCUAAUAGGCUCUGACAACAAAGCAGAUGUGUUUUGCUUGUUCUCUGGGAUCCUUUGAUCCCACAGGAGCACACCCACAGUUUCAGAGUGAAAUGGUAUUUUUCUGUUGCCCACAUUCUCCUUUUGCCUCCUGUGUUCAUCUGACAGCACUGUGCAGUAUCAACUGGAGGUAAAUCUCCCUCUUUGCUAAGUAGGUAAUGCCUUCCUGUGCAAGGAUUGCACAUGAUGAGUUUAAGGUAUAAGCCUCUUCUGUUCACACUCUUCCUUUCUUUGUUCACUUUUCUUUUCUUUCCUUUCCUCCCUCCCUCCCUUCCUUCCUUAGGCAUUAUGGACAGGAGAUGGUGAAGAUGUUGCUCAAUCAUCAAAAAUUUAAAAUGCUUUUGGAGCGAUCUCUUUCCACCAGUGACCUGGAGGAUAUUCUGACAAGAAUGAAGAAGAAAGGGAUGGAAAACCAGAAGGCUGAACGCCCAUCUGUCAAGGAGCUGGUGAAGAAGAGGAACGAUGGCUCCAAGAAGCCCCAGGCCACAUUGUCUUCUAGCAAACGGGUGAAAUCUACCUCUGAUGGAUGCCUCCUACACCGUGCACAAGCCCAGGUCACGUUACCUCUGGUUGAGGAAGAAACGGAGCUGCUCCAGAAGCUUUACAAUCUCCUGGAGGCCAAGGGGUUUCAGACGCCCAUGGAAGGAGUGUCACUCCUCCAAGACCUGUGCAAAACCAGCCCCCAGCUCAUCUCCACUAACAUUGUCCAAAUUUUUGAUUAUUUUGUCCUGAGAAUAUCUGACAGCCACAAGAAAGUGAAGCAGAAGGCGCUGGACGUGCUGGCUGAAAUCACAGGCAUCCUGAAAGAUGCCUUGAACCCGGUGAUCAUUGGUUUGGUGGAAGGAAUAACGAAGAACCUGAACUCCAAGGAUCCCAGGGUUCGUGCCGCAGCUGUGAAAGCGCUGGAAGAAUCCAUUGCUCAUUUAGGUAAGGCUGAGCCCUGGCAUGGACUCUCCUCACCUGUGUCUCUGUCUCUCCGACACAAGAGAGUGCUGAGUGCCUUGAUAGCUGCUGUUGUCUGUGGAAAGCUCCAGCUGGCAUCCCCCAGAAGCUGUGCAGGUGCAGUCCUUAUGCACCAGUCCCCCAACAGGCUUGAACGUGAUCAGCAUUUCCCAAAAGUCCCAGGAGCCCUUGGCUCUGUGCUGCCUGUCUGAAGAGCAAGUCCCAGACUACAGCUUUGCUACAGUUCAGAGGCAAAGGGGGUUUGGAGUUUGCUUGGGCCCCGUUUGACUUCCCAAAUGAAUAGCUUUGCUCUUGGCAUGAAGGGAGACUGACCCAUCAGAGCUCCUGCAGAGCAGCCACCGGGAAUGCUCUACAUGAUAGGCAUUAGCUGCCUAUUUACCCCUUUUCUUCUUUGUCUUCUAUUUUCAAAGGGGAACUUAGGAUUCGCCAAGUUCAUUUCUUUAUAACAAAUAGGUAUAAACCCAGCUGUCAAUGGUGCCUUGUUCCACAUGUUGUUUUGCAUGGGGCAAGAUGUCUACAGCAGUUAACUACAUAGGCAAGGGCUGCUCUGAAUUCUUUUGCCACACAGAUUUAUGUCAGCUCUGAAAAUGCCACACUGGGGAAAUAUGCCUGAAAAUAGGAGUGUUGAAGAGGCAGGUGUUCAA